AUGCCGAAAACCGCAAAACGUGAGACGACAAAGAAUCACUCCAACGAAACGUCUACUAAGCGGAUACAGCGCCGUUCAAUCAAGCCUCCCCUAUUUCUUGCAGAGACUUCCCCGUUCCGAGUGCUGAGGCUACCAUCGCCCAAUGGGACUGGGCGUGUUGCCUUUGGGCUCGCACCGAUUAGAAGUGGAAGGUCGAGUGCGACGGAGAUGGGUUUCAGUUCGACGAUCGCGAUAGUCAGCAGGGCGCGGGAUCAUGCGGGAGUGACACUCAUUAAGGACGAUGUCAGGCUCAGGAUACGCGUGCGCGCAAGUGUAUGCAGUAUGAGAAGCGAAGAAGGCGCUUCAUGGCGUGUUGAACUAGAUCGAGGCAUGCAAUACGACCGCCUGCUAUCAGAAUUACGCCCCCUUUCCUUCUCCUCCGAGGUGUCCGCCGCUCUGGAGGCCCGCGACUCUCACCCCAAAGCCGCGCUCGAAGCCACGAAGAAGUUGAGUUGGAGAAGAUGCAUAAUGACCUCAAGCGAUCAGGCGAGAACGAUAGACAGGAGAGCCAGUGUUAGAUGCUUGAAGUUCAGACCUCGGUCUCGAGAGGGACUCUGCCCAGAGACGUAUGCUACAGAGGAGGCUAGAAGAGGUGAAGGAACUCCAAUCGCGCUUGGACAAACAGAAACGAUCAAGUGUCACUUCGAAGAGAAAGUUUCUGCCCUUUCUCGUCAGCUGCAAGGAAACGAGAAGCAGUUGGCGGUCCAUGAGCGCAGAGUGCCCAUCGCGUCUUCGUCGGUGAUGGCUGUGAAUGUGGUUGGACAUCGGGUUCAGGUGGACAAUAGGAUGUUGAAGGAGCAGCUUGAGACUGAGGUCGCUGGGCUUCGACCGAAUAUGCCGCCCUCCAGGCGAAUGUUGAGGCUGUCAAGCAACAGCUCGAGGAAUCGAAGAAAAUGCAGCCGGAUGCGAAACAAGGCUGAUGAAGAGAGGGAGGCAUGGAGAGACGACAAGGAGACCUUGGAGGCCACGAUCGUGGACUUGACGUCUUCGGAGAGGCACAUUGUUGAGGACAGCUCUUUGAGAGAUUCAGAGAUUCGGGGGCAGGAGGAGCGGGCUAAGGCUCGUAACCUGCCCGGCCCCUUUGGUUUUCAUCGCCGCGGUUGA